AUGUCAUCCCUAUCCAAUUCAUCUGAUUCGUUGUCUGAUUUAUCAAGAUCAAAUUGCUCGACCAAUCCAAUGGUUUCGAGGAAUACAAAGGAGCACACAGGAUUGUAUGACCAUAGACAGCAUUCAGAUCUGUCACCAUUUCACCACGAAUCAGUUUCAUUGAAGAAAGACGAUAUAUCUAAACACGCCUUACCCAAAUCUGUUCCUUCUAACGAAGAGAACUAUAGAAUGAAGAACGGUGGCUUUGUAGGGAAACCUGAAAUAUCGACUACGAGCUGCAUAGAAUCUGAGAAUCUAGGCGAAACAAUUGUACAUCACGGACUGCGGGCUUCUGCCAACUUCUACUCCAAGCCAUCUAGGUUAGCAUAUUCCAUGCCGUCCCAAAGGCAGCUUCUUAAAAAGAACAGUGCUUUUUUCUCACGAAAGAAGGCAGGCAUAAAGAGAGGCUAUGGUAUGGCACUAUCUACUGUUCCCUCAAUUGAUAAGUCCAAGUCAAACGUAUCUUCCUCAGCAAGUACUUUUGCAUUGACUCCUGAAGCUUCAGGAGUCAAUGCAAUCUUUGAUGUGUCGCUUGAUUUGAAGGCUGGUAUGCACUCUAAGCAGACGAACCACAAGAAAAGAGCGCACUCCACAACAUCUAUACAUUCAUCAAUAAAUUCCACGACUCUGCUGACAAAAGCCAUAUCACAAAAGUCGGAUGUAGGAAACGAUACACAGGAAAUGAAACCGGCACGUAUGAACACCAGAACUUCUUUUCACAGUGAUGUAUCCCAAGCAUCCAGGGAUUCGCAGGAAACGGAGGAAGAUGUUUGUUUUCCAAUGUCUCCACCUUUACAUACAAGAGUUAAUGGUAUUGAUUUUGAUGAACUGGAAGAAUAUGCCCAGUUUUUUAAUGCAGAAAAGAGUCAGUUCUUGGCAGACCUUCAAAAGCCAGACGAACAGGGGUUCAGUCAUUUGUAUCAAAAUGCUGGAUAUAGUAGCUCUGGUUCCACCACAGGAAGCUUAGCAGUCCUCCAAUACACACCUAGAAUACCUCGUUAUCUUGAAAAUAGCAACUGUGUUAAUAAAACUAACGAAUCUGGGAAUAAUGGAGAAGAGCGUGUAGAUGGUAAACCUGGCCUACACCCUGGGGUAUCAUUUGGGGAAAAUAGGGUUAAAGGAGAAGAUGAUGCCAACAUUUUGAUUCAUAAUCUGGCAUAUUCCACUAACCACGACACAGAUUUUCAGAUUCCAAAUAGAUUUUCUUUUUUCCGCUCAGAAUCUGAUGAAACCGUGCAUGCCAGUGAUAUUCCUUCUUUAGUAUCUGAGGGUCAGACCUUUUGUGAAUUGUUCAAAGGGGGUGAGGCAACAUGGUGGUUAGACUGUAGUUGUCCAACCGAUGACGAAAUGCGUUGUAUAGCAAAAACGUUUGGAAUCCAUCCAUUGACGGCGGAAGACAUAAGAAUGCAAGAAACUCGUGAAAAGGUGGAACUUUUCAAGUCAUAUUACUUUGUGUGUUUUCAUACAUUUGAAAAUGAUAGAGAAUCCGAGGAUUUCUUGGAGCCCAUUAAUGUUUACAUCGUGGUGUGCCGGUCAGGUGUUUUGACCUUUCAUUUUGGUCCGAUAUCCCAUUGUGCUAAUGUGAGAAGACGUGUAAGGCAAUUGCGUGAUUAUGUCAAUGUCAAUUCAGAUUGGUUAUGUUAUGCUUUAAUUGAUGAUAUCACAGAUAGUUUCGCUCCGGUUAUUCAAUCCAUUGAAUAUGAAGCAGAUUCGAUUGAAGAUUCCGUAUUCAUGGCCCGUGACAUGGACUUUGCAGCCAUGCUACAAAAAAUUGGUGAAAGUAGACGCAAAACAAUGACGUUAAUGAGACUCCUAAGUGGUAAGGCCGAUGUUAUCAAAAUGUUCGCCAAAAGAUGCCAAGAUGAAACUAAAGGUAUUGGGCCAGCGCUAACAUCACAAAUCAACAUUGCGAAUUUACAAUCAGUACAGGAAAACGUUAAUCACGGUAGUAAUGAUUAUAAUAGUCGUGUAAGCUUGCCGAACAACUACUUGCCUACAACAUCACAACCGAGAGGAGAUAUUGCUUUGUACUUGGGCGAUAUUCAAGAUCAUUUAUUGACAAUGUAUCAAAAUCUGUUGGCGUACGAAAAAAUUUUCUCUCGAUCCCUUACGAACUACUUGGCUCAAUUGCAAGUUGAGUCAUUUAAUUCGAAUAACAAAGUUACGGAAAUGUUGGGUAAGGUAACUAUGAUAGGUACGAUGUUAGUUCCGUUGAAUGUAAUCACUGGUCUGUUCGGUAUGAAUGUUACAGUUCCAGGAAAAAACGGUAAUAUUGCGUGGUGGUAUGGGAUAUUAGGUGUUCUGAUUUUAUUGGCCAUUCUAAGUUGGUUUUUGUCCAGCUAUUGGAUUAAAAGAAUAGACCCCCCAGCGACACUCAAUGAAGCUGCAGGAAGCGGAGCUAAAUCCGUUAUCUCUAGUUUUUUACCAAAAAGAAACAAGAAGUUCAAUGAUCGUUCCAAAGCAAUAAAUGUAAGAGUCGGUUCUUCAAGCAAAUCUAUUGCAAGUCUACCCAGUAAAUAUAGCCGCUAUAAUUGA